UUCUACACACAUUGUUGCGCAUGUCUGUGACAUACAAACAGCAACAGACGCUUCUGGCUAUUUUUCUCAUCUUCUUCUGGCCUUUUACCGCGCACAAUCUGGCAACAUUUAUGAUUAGGAUACUACUCCAAGUACAUAUUAGGGUGAGCAAAGUUUGUUUGUACUUUAUAGCAUUUUGUUAAUUCGAUAGCUACAUUUAUUAGUCGCUUCCAGAUGACGUACUCUUGACAUUGGCCACAGAAGAUUAGUUGUAAUCAUGACUUUCCCCCGGCUUUUACAACAACUUCCUGUGCUGCUUGUUCAGACGUCCUCAACAAUCCUUCAAAGAAAAUUUAGUGUCUCAAUUGCUAUGGCUGCGAUUCAGAAAAUGACGAGAGUGCGCGUGGUGGACAACAGCUCUCUCGGAAAUACGCCAUAUCACCGCCCACCGAGAGUGAUCCAUGUCUACACUAAGAACGGCGUUGGGAAAGUCGGCGACAAAGUGUUGCUGGCCAUUAAAGGGCAGAAGAAGAAAGCGCUCAUCGUUGGACACAAGAUGCCCGGGGACCGCAUGACUCCACGCUUUGAUUCGAACAAUGUUGUUCUGAUUGAGGACAAUGGCAACCCUACUGGAACAAGGAUUAAGGUUCCUAUACCAACAAGCCUGCGUCAAAUGGAAGGCAAUUACUCCAAAGUUCUGGCAAUUGCAAACACAUUUGUCUAAUUUCAUCAUGUCGAAUAUAUAUGAACAUUUAACUCUUGACUUUUCAAUAAAAUAAAAAAUGGUCAAUUUGCA